AUGAAAUACUCCACCGCUAUCGUUGGUGCAUUCGCACUCUGCGUCUCAGAAGUCGUUGCUUUCCCAGCGGCUGCUAUCGAAUACGCUGCCAAGGCAGAACGAGAUGCUCGCACAAACGAGGAGCUCGAGAGUGCUAUUGCCAGUUUCGAGAAAACGCGACGAGCAGUAGGAUUCGACGCUGCCGCACAGUAUGUGUCCAACCAGGGACAGUACGCUUUCAACCCGCCAAAAAACGUCAACACACCUCUAGGUGACCAGAGAGGUCCAUGUCCUGGACUGAACGCCAUGGCCAAUCAUGGUUAUCUCCCACAUAAUGGUGUGGCCACAAUCCAGCAAUUCAUUGACGGCACAUACAAAGUUUUCGGCAUGGGAGCCGAUUUAGGUGCAUUUUUGGCCCUCUAUGGUGCCAUCUUUGAUGGUGAUUUGACCAAGUGGUCUAUUGGCGGCCCGAGCAUUGCUACACCUUCCGUGCUUGGUCUACUUGGGGAGCCUCAGGGUAUUUCUGGGUCUCAUAACAGAUACGAGGGAGAUGCUUCACCCACUCGUCCUGAUCUAUACCAAUAUGGUAACGACUACAAAGUCAUCAUCAAGCAGUUCGAGCAGAUGUUCGCCCUGCAACCAGAUGCUGCAACCGCCAACUAUGACUUGAGCGUUCUCACUCCAUUCCGAGCAGACCGUUUCCAACAAUCCGUCAGCGAGAACCCAUACUUCUUCAACGGUGCCUUCACUGGAGUUGCUGUCCAGCCGGCUGCCUACACUUUCAUCUACCGCUUCAUGGGAAACAAGUCUGCUGAGUACCCAGAGGGCCGACUCGAUCAAGAGACUCUCAAAUCAUUCUUCUCCGUCACCGGUACACCAGGUAACUUCAAGUGGACCGAGGGUUACGAGAAGAUCCCAGACAACUGGUAUAAGCGCGCCAUCGGUGACGAAUACACCAUUCCAUUCUUCUUGACCGAUCUUUUGGCUGCUGCUGCUCAGUAUCCAAAAUUCCUCUCCAUCGGUGGAAACACCGGAACAGUUAACUCUUUCACCGGUGUUGAUCCUGCUGAUUUGACUGGUGGUGUAUUCAACGCCGACACUCUGCUUGAAGGAAACAAUGCUGUCUGCUACAUCUUUCAGCUCGCUGAACAGAUGGCACCAGAUGUGUUGAAGGGCAUCCUUACCGAUGUCACACGGCCAAUGGAUAUGUUGACACAGGGUAUCACCCAAGUGUUGAAGCCAUACAACUGCCCUGUGUUGCAAGAUAUUGACAAGAGUCAAUUCGCGCAAUUUCCAGGUGCAAAGGGCGCAUACUAA